AAUUUUUUUUAAAACAACACAAUACUACUACUACUACUACUACUACUAAUAAUAAUAAUAAUAAUAAUAAUAAUAAUAAUAAUAAUACAUUAACUGAUCUAUUUUUUGUUUCAACAAAAUCUUAAAUGUUUUCUGCAUAUUGCAAUAAAUAAAGAAUAGCUGAGCUAUAAAAUUAAACAGACAGGUAUACAGUAAAUAUAGAUUUAUAUACUAUUACUAUGGUUACACUGUAAAACAUUUAUUUGCUCUUCGCCAUGUCUAAUGUGACAUGUCACUGUUUAUCAGGACAAACUUUCAGACUUUUUGUAAGAUGGACUGAGGGAAACUAUUACAAAUUUUUUAAAGAAUCUUCCAUAGAGUCAUGUUAUACAGAAAUGUCUGACUUUUUAAGCUGUGUUUGAUUAAUAUCUGUAUUUUCCAUAAAAUAGCCAUUUUAGCUGCUACGGCAAUAAACUCUAAAACAAAGUGUCUUCUCCUGGAGACCCUGGGUUGGGGGGGUAUGGGCAGAAGCAUUGUUGCUGUUACAGUUCUCUGAAACUGGAGACUCCAUGAAUGAACAUAUCAUCAUCAUCAUCAUCAUAAUAAUAAUAAUAAUAAUAAUAAUAAUAAUAAGUCACCAAAUCAACUAUUAUGUUUGUUUAGAAAAAAAAUAGGUCUAAUUUUUUUUUUUUUAUUAAGUUUAGAUUAUGUGGAGCAUCUGCUGUACAAGUCCCUGUGAAUGAGCUGUUACUAUAGAAAUAAUUAAGUAUUAGAACCAGAGCAUUCAUAUAAAACUGGCGCAUGUUACAGCUGCACACCUUCUGACGUUUUGACCAAUCAGAUUCAUGUAUUCAACUGUGCUAUAAUGUAAUAUAUAUAUUUAAAUAUUAUUUCAUUACAUUAAGUACAACCAUGGAUAUGGGAAUAGUUGAGUAUUCUGUACAAUUACAAGCAGUUUAAAUGGACUGAUUAACACACAUUGUGAGGGAAAUCUGUGGAUUUGGCAACACCAGGGUGAACAGCACUGUGUCUUUAAUAUUGCGUGUGUGUGUGUGUGUGUGUGUGUGUGUGUGUGUGUGUGUGUGUGUGUGUGUGUGUACAUUCUGUAUAAUUAGAGCAGGAUAAUCCGGAGUGCAGGGCUCCGACACAUAGGAUUGAACUCAUCUGAAAUGCGACUCCACUGCGGGAAUUUAACGGGAAUUUAACGGGGAAUUUAGGGCAAUGAGCUGAGCGCGUGCUGAAUCCGUUGCAGACAAAAGGCAUAAACUCCUCUGUCCUGAAGAUGUCGGAAAGACUGCUACAGACUGUUACACAUCGCUGACAUUGGAGACUCCUUCCACGCGUUUUCACACUUCCACCGUACGAGUCCCUGUACAUGAGCUGCUGCUAUAGAAACGAUAGCGCAUUAGAACGAGUGCAUUAAUAUAAACCUGUGAUGUGCAGCUGCACUACUGUCAGAGCUGCUGUUAUAGAGAAUUAAUCAACACCUCCUGACCAAUCACAAUCCAGAGCUCAGCAGUGCUCUGUGCUUACUUGUGAAUAAUUUAGUAAUGCUUUAUAUGACCAGCUAGAUGCUCUGAGUGUGAGUGUGUUUGUGUGUUUGUGUGAGGAUGCGGUUUUCAGUAUCAUUUACGGUUAUGUUUAGAAUUUCAGUGUUAUGCUCUUAGUCGUAAACAGUGUAUCAGAGUCGCAUAGAGGCCGACGCUGAGCCUCGUGUCCUGUCAUGACUCAGCCCGAGCGAGCGAGUCAACUCAUCAGUGUGUCACCAGAUGCAGGAAUGAAGGAAGAAACAGAGAACAGAAGGAUUAAGAGGAUGGAUGAUGAUUUAUGGAUGAGGAUUUUGAGGGAAGCUGCGGCGUUGCCAUGGGAACAGCUAUGACUUUAAGUCUCUGUGGCAUGUUUUGGAGUGGGCAUGUUCUCGCUGGUUUACUGUGAACCAGGACGUGUCUUAUGGGAGAUGAAUUUGGAGCACACGGUUUAUUUUUCGCUGCAUUGAAUGAAAGAGGGAUCGAGUCUCAGAUUACCGUCGGCUUGAGAGAGAAGCAGAAGGCUUGAGUUUGUCUGCAGGCUGAAAUAUUAUUAAACAUCUUUCAUCUUUUUAUCUGAUGUUUAAACGAUUAAACUCCGCCCAGAUGCUGAUUCUGAUUCUAUAGCUGUAAGUGUUUGUGUCAAAUUGAUUAAGUAAAUUCAUUUAAACCAGGCUUUUUAACUAUUUCUAAAUAUAGCAGUUUGGGGGCGGGGCUACCUAUGAGCUCAGCUUGUGAUGUCAUAAAAUUAAUUCCACAUAAGCUUUGCAUAUCCAUGUUUAUUUCUAAAUUAUGACAUUUGCGAUGAUCGUAAAGGUGUAGAGAUGCUGUUUUUAAUCUUUAUAAAUGAUUAAGUCUUAAAAUAAUCCAUAAAAUAAUCAAUCUUUUGGUCACCAACAUGAAAUGUGUGAAUCUGUGAAUCACAGAAAGCCAAAUAAAAGUUUAUAUAAUUUUAUGUUCUUUAAUAGACCUUAUGUUGAUUGUUUCCUAUACAAUUUCAUUUAAUGUAAUUAUUGUUAUUCAUAAAUAAUUAUUAAUAAAAUGAAUGUCAACUUUAUUUUAAAAUAAGAGUAACAGAAAUUAUAAAUAUUAUAAAUAAUUAUUGUAAAUUAUUGGCACCCGAUGAAUUCUUAUGAGAAAAAUAUACUUGUAAGUAAAAAAAAUUAUAUUUGAUAAAAAGUAUAUUCCCAUUGAUAUUUUACAUUUUUUUAAUACACCUGGGUGACUAGGAACCGGAAGUUGUCGACCAUGACUUCCUGUUUCACAGGGAUAUAAAUAUGAGGUGACACACAGGCCAAAUUCUCUUAGUCAUUCAUAACAAUGGGUAAGACCAAGGAAUAUAGCUGUGAUGGGCGGCAAAAGGUUGUUGAGCUUCACAAAAUGGGAAGUAUCUAUAAGAAAAUAGCACAAGCAUUGAAAAUGCCCAUUUCCACCAUCAGGGCAAUUUUUAAGAAGUUCCAUUCAAUUGAAAAUGUUAUGAAUCAACCUGGAAUUGGACGUGUGUCUAUAUCGUCUCAACGCACUGUGAAGAAAACGGUUCGAGUGGACAAAAAAUCUCUAAGGAUCACAGCUGGAGAAUUGCAGAUGUUAUUUGUGUCUUGGGGUCAGAAAGUCUCCAAAACUACUAUCUGAAGUCACCUACAUCACCACAAGCUGUUUGGAAGGAUUUCAAGAAAAAAGCCUCUACUCUCAUCCAACUCAAGCGUCUUCAGUUUGCCAGACACUACUGGAACUUCAAAUGGGGUUGGGUUCUAUGGUCAGAUGAAACCAAAAUAGAGCUUUUUGGCAAUAAACACCAGAGGUGGUUUUGGUGCACACAGAGAGGUGGCCAUAUGGAAAAGUACCUCAUGCCCAUGGUUAAAUAUGGUGGUGGAUCUUUAAUGUUUGGGGGCUGUUUUUCUGCCAGAGGACCUGGACAUUUUGUGAGGAUACAUGGCAUCAUGGACUCUAUCAAACAUCAACAGAUAUUAAAUGAAAACCUGACUGCCUGUGCCAGACAGCUUCAAAUGGGCCGUGGUUGGAUCUUCCAGCAGGACAAUGAUCCAAAACAUACAUCAAAAUCAACACAAAAAUGGUUUACUGACCACAAAAUCAAGGUCCUGCCAUGGCCAUCCCAGUCCCCUGACCUGAAACCCAUAGAAAACCUGUGGAGUGAACUAAUAAAAUAUGUUAUAUUAUAAACAAAGUUUUAUUUAGUGGAGCAUCUGUUACUACAGUACAUAAUUAAUAAUGCAUUAAACAUGAGGUGUGUCAUGGAUUAACACAGUGAGUCGUGAGGACAGUAUACCACGUGUGUGUGUGUGUGUGUGUGUGUGUUUAGAGCAGACAUGCAGUCAGACGAGGGGACGGAGUGGCUCAUGGAGCUGCUCACAGACGUGCAGCUGCAGCAGUAUUUCCUGCGAAUCCGAGACGAGCUUAACGUCACUCGGCUCUCUCACUUCGACUACGUGAAGACCGAAGACCUGGAGAAGAUCGGCAUGGGGCGGCCAGGUCAGCGGCGUCUGUGGGAAGCUGUGAAGAGACGGAGAGCGAUGUGUAAACGCAAGUCGUGGAUGAAGGUGUUUACAGGUAAGAGACCGGAGACGGAGACUCAGAUAGAUUCGUUGACCUGCAGCAUUUCGGCUGAAGCUCACGGUGAAUCCCAGUCGGCGGCUCUGACCUGUCUGAUCAGUGAGAGAGACCUGACGCUGCUGGAGAAACUCGGAGACGGAUCGUUCGGCGUGGUGAAGAGAGGGGAAUGGCAGGCUCCGUCUGGACGAGUGCUGAAUGUUGCUGUGAAGUGCCUGAAGACGGAUUUGCUGGAUCAGACAGAAGGUCUGGACAAUUUCAUACAGGAAGUGAACGCCAUGCACUCCCUGGAUCAUCAGAACCUCAUCCGGCUGUACGGCGUCAUCCUCACACAACCCAUGAAGAUGGUGACGGAGCUGGCUCCACUUGGUUCUCUGUUGGACAGGUUGAGAAAGCGUCAGGGUCACAUCCUGAUCUCGGUGCUGUGCCGCUACACCGUGCAGAUCGCAUGUGGUAUGGCGUACCUCGAGUCACGCCGCUUCAUCCACCGAGACUUGGCCGCUCGCAACAUCCUGCUGGCCUCCAACGACCUCGUCAAGAUCGGAGACUUCGGCCUGAUGCGUGCGCUGCCCAAGAACGACGACCAUUACGUGAUGCAGGAGCACCACAAGGUUCCGUUUGCCUGGUGUGCACCAGAGAGCCUGAAGACCAGAACCUUCUCACAUGCCAGUGAUACCUGGAUGUUUGGUGUGACGCUGUGGGAAAUGUUCAGUCACGGCCAGGAGCCAUGGCUCGGCCUCAAUGGCAGCCAGAUCCUCCAUAAGAUCGAUAAGGAGGGCGAGAGGCUGGUUAAACCCGAGGACUGUCCUCAGGAUAUCUACAACGUCAUGCUGCAGAGCUGGUCUCCAAAACCCGAGGACAGACCGACGUUCGUGUCUCUGAGAGACUUCCUCGUGGAGACGAUGCCUACAGACAUGAGAGCGCUGCAGGACUUUGAUGAACCAGAUAAGUUGAAGAUCCACGCCAACGACGUCAUCACUAUCAUCGAGGGCAGAGCGGAGAACUACUGGUGGCGAGGUCAGAACCGACAAACUCUGAAGGUGGGUCAGUUCCCCAGGAACGUGGUGACGUCUGUAGCUGGACUUUCUGCCCAUGAUAUCAGCAGGCCUCUUAAACACAGCUUCAUCCACACGGGCCACGGAGACACCGACCCUCACCGCAGCUGGGGCGCUCCUGAUAAAAUCGAUGAUAUAUACCUGGGGAACCCCAUGGACCCCCCUGAUGUUCUUGGGAUGGAUCCGAAUGCUGACCGGCCAACUAAAUUACCAAACCGCGCCAAAAAGCAACCCCCACCUCGUCCUCCUCAGCCGGCAAUUCUUCUCAAGAAGCCUUUCUAUGACUCCGUAAUUGACGAUGAUGAUGAUGACAAUGAUCUGAUAGUCACUGGAUUGAAGAAGCUCUCUCUGAAAGCACCGUCAUACCUUGGGAUACGCCUUCGUCCAUGGGAGAACUCAGACCCAGAUGAUCACCUCAGCGAGGUCUCGCUCAUCGACUUUGGAGACGAUAGUUUCAGCUCCACCUCGCCUUCCCCCAUUACGGAGAUUCCCGCCUCCAACUCCGCUCCGUCCGGAGCCUCCAUAUUGGAUUAUGGUCCUCCACAGAGCCCAUACCGCAGUUUGCCGAACCCUCUGCACCCAACCCCCGUGGUGGACUGGGACACCCGGCCGCUGCCUUCUCUCCCUGCAUACGAUGAAGUAGCUUUAGAGUCUGAGGAGCAGGAGGACGUGGAGGUCAGCUCCAUAAACACUGCGAAGACUGACAAUCCAGACCAGCAGAAUUAUGACAGUGUUGAUGGAGAUUUAGAUCCCAAGUGCAAAGUGGAAGACAAUCUGUUCCUUCCAUCCAAACUCGCUGUGGAGAACCGAUCUACCUCGCAGUCAGCUGACAUCUUCAAGGAGUUACAGAGGGAGGUCAUGGCCAAGUUGCAUGUACCAGCGACGGCGCAAUCGAUGCCCUCGUCACCUCUCUUACCACACCGCAAAAUCAUCCUGCCCUCCUGCGAGGACAAGCCCGAGGUCCCACCCAGGAUCCCUAUCCCGCCAACACGGCCUUCCAGACGGACGUGCACCAGGCUUUCUGUCUCUUUGUGUGAUGACGAUGAGAGACCUCAGCCUCCUAAGAUCCCUCCCCGAGACCAUGCCAUGUCCCAGCCCAGCUCGCGAUCCCCCAGUCCCAUGAUCUCCACUCAGCAAUUCAGACCUCCACUCAGACCAAUUUUGUGCUGUGUUGGUUCUCUGGGAUCCUGCCUCUCCCCUUCAUCAUACUCCUAUGCUCCAUCCACUACCCCUCCAAAGCUCACACUCAGCCCCAGUAGAAUCAACUACAAUCCCACGAAUGCCACUUCCUGCACCAAUAUAGACCAGACUCGAGCCAAGAGCCCCUGCAACCUGCCCAUCAUGAGCGAGAGCACCAAGGCCAGCAGCACUCAGUACCACCUGCUGCCUGAGAGGCCGACGUAUCUUGAGAGAUAUGAGACGUUUGUGAAAGAUUGCGAGCAAAACAAAGAGCGACGGACCAACAUGGCGACUGUUAGACCCAUGGUGCAGCAGCAGUUCAUCAAGCCCAGUAUCUCCUCCAACCCCAGCAGCAGCAGCUCUCAGAGCUCAGCAGCAUUCAACACUUACAGCAGUGUGAAACAGGUAGAGGAGGCGGUCCAUGGAGUGACAGUAGAGGAGUGUCAGACAGCGCUCGAGAGUCACGGCUGGAACAUUCAGAAGGCUAUUGAGUACCUGAAGGUGGAACAGCUGUUCCGUCUGGGUCUGAAGACUCGGCCCGAGUGUGUGGAAAUUCUGCAGAGGUGCAGCUGGAACCUGGAGCAGGCGAGCACCCAGAUGAUAGACUCAUAUGGUUCCUCCAGACAAAGAUACUAAACCCAGCGUUGAAGAUGAGCACAGUGCCCCCUUCUGUCCACUGAGAAUCACAUAAUAUUCAUCUAAACCCGAUCCUGCUCGAGACGUCUGUGCAUUACUCCUGUGUUCUUUUUUGACUGUUGCAGGACUCUGAAUAGUUCAUAACUGCAUCUGUCUGGACUAAAGCUAAACGUGCUGAUGUUUAAAAAUAUGUAGUUUUUAUUUUUUGAGAAUGUGGAGGAUACUUUGUGGUUGUUGCUGUUGAGCUUUGUUUGGAACUCGCUGUGUUUAAAUCAGAUACUGUACUAAAUCUGUCUAUUUAAGACAUUCAUGUGUUAUUAUUUAAGUUUUGUUUUAUAUUUAUUGAUGUAUGAAGCAAAGAUGUGUAUGAAGAUGACUGUCGCUGUAUUGUUUAUAUUUAUUCGCUUUGAAUAUGUGAAAUAUUUAUGAUAUAUUAAUUCUGAGGAGUUUAUUUAUGUAUUGGGAUUGAUGAAACAGGGACCUCGUGAAGAAUGUCUAAAUAUUAUUCAUUUAUGCAGUAGUGGAAUACUUAGUAGUUUUGCUUUAACAUUCCUUCAUCAAACUUUCAUUUUAUUUUAUGUGCCACAGAUGGUGUAAAAAUAUAAAUACAGUGCCUUCCAUUAAUAUUGGCACCCUCUGUAAAUAUGAGCAAAGAAGGCUGUGAAAAAGUGUCUUCAUUGAUUAAAUUUUUGAUCUUUUGUUCAAAACAUUUACAAAAAUACUCUCCUCUUAUGGAUAUCAAACAAUUUCAGGUUUAACACAGGUUUAUUAAAAAAAAAUCUUUGUUAAAUAUAGCUGUGCAACAAUUAUUGACACCCUUUUAGUCAAUACUUUGUGCUACCUCACUUUGCCGAGAUAACAGCUCUGAGUCUUCUCCUAUAAUGCCUGAUGAGGUUGGAGAAUACAUGGCGAGGGAUCUGAGACCAUUCCUCCAUAAUCUCUCCAGAUCCUUCACAUUUCGAGGUCCACGCUGGUGGACUCUCCUCUGCAGUUCACUCCACAGGUUUUCUAUGGGUUUCAGGUCAGGGGACUGGGAUGAUCAUGGCAGGACCUUGAUUUUGUGGUCAGUAAACCAUUUUUGUGUUGAUUUUGAUGUAUGUUUUGGAUCAUUGUCCUGCUGGAAGAUCCAACCACGGCCCAUUUGAAGCUUUCUGGCACAGGCAGUCAGGUUUUCAUUUAAUAUCAUUUGAUAUUUGAGUCCAUGAUGCCAUGUAUCCUAACAAAAUGUCCAGGUCCUCUGGCAGAAAAACAGCCACAAAACAUUAAAGAUCCACCUCCAUAUUUAACCAUGGGCAUGAGGUACUUUUACAUAUGGCCACCUCUCUGUGUGCACCAAAACCACCUCUGGUGUUUAUUGCCAAAAAGCUCUAUUUUGGUUUCAUCUGACCAUAGAACCCAACCCCAUUUGAAGUUCCAGUAGUGUCUGGCAAACUGAAGACGCUUGAGUUGGAUGAGAGUAGAGGCUUUUUUCUUAAAAUCCUUCCAAACAGCUUGUGGUGUUGUCGGUGACUUUGGAUUGCAGUUUUGGAGACUUUCUGACCCCAAGACACAAUGAACUCCUGCAGUUCUCCAGCUGUGAUCCUUGGAGAUUUUUUGGCCGCUCUAACGUCCUCUUCACAGUGCGUUGAGACGAUAUAGACACACGUCCAAUUCCAGGUUGAUUCAUAACAUUUCCAGUUGACUGGAACGUCUUAAUUAUUGCCCUGAUGGUGGAAAUGGGCAUUUUCAAUGCUUGUGCUAUUUUCUUAUAGAUACUUCCCAUUUUGUGAAGCUCAACAACCUUUUGCCGCCCAUCACAGCUAUAUUCCUCGGUCUUACCCAUUGUUAUGAAUGACUAAGAGAAUUUGGCCUGUGUAUUACCUCAUAUUUAUACCCCUGUGAAACAGGAAGUCAUGGUUGAACAAUUACCAGUUCCUAGUCACCCAGGUGUACUAAAAAAAAAAGUAAAAUAUCAAUGGGCAUAUAUUUUUCUCAUAUGAAUUCCUGGGGGUGACAAUAAUUGUUGCACAGCUAUAUUUAACAAAUGUUUGGGUUUUUUUUUUUUUAUAAACCUGUGUUUGUGAUUGUUUGAUAUCCAUGAGAGCAGAGUAUUUUUGUGAAUGUUUUGAACAAAAGAUCAAAAGGUUAAACAAUAAAGACCAUUUUUCACAGCCUUCUUUGCUCAUAUUUACCAAGGGUGCCAAAAUUAGUGGAGGGCACUAUACCUGUUAUUCGUUCCAUAAUUUAUUCAUUCAGUUCUUCAGAAAAGGAAGGAAAAGUUUACACACCACAGCUCCAAAAAUACAAAAUGAUUUAUUAAUUAUUUUAUUACAUUAGAACAAGUAAUAAAUGAUUUUCUAUUUUUGGAGCUGUGGUGUGUGAACUUUUCCUUCCUUUUCUCAGUGUUUGUGGUUCAGCAGCCUCACUGAGCAUUGUUGCCCAUCAGAUGUGCACAGUUUGUGUUGAUUCUUUGUGGAUCAUUCAUUUCUUCACUCAUGUUUACCAAGCUACCAAAGAUGUGUAAUGUUUGUUGAUGGCCGUGGUGCCGGGCUUCGGUUUUCCAGCUCAGGCCUCAUCCAUAAACAUUUCAUGGAUUCGACUUUAAAGAUUGCACAUGAACAAAAAUCACUUUUAUAAAACCAUGCAUGUGUCAACUAAUGUAAGACCACGUGAUCAAGCUUUCGAUCUCCAUAAAUAACUAUAAAUGAUUUUUAACAUGCUGUUAAAUGUAUGUUUCAUUUAUGAUCAUAUAUACAUAUAGACAGCUCCACAGGGGAUGAGAGUAAUACUCACAUAAAGCUACUGACUAAUAAUAAGUUCAAGAAACCGAGGACUAAUACACAGACAGUCAGUAACAAAACAUACGAUUAAAAAUAUAAACAUAUAAAUAAUAAUAAUACAAAUAUAUUUCAUGUAAAGUAAGUGCAGAGAAAGUAAAGCUUUUAUUCUGAAUACUACUGUCUAAAGGGGAACGUCUCAGGCCCAAAUUAUAGCUCGUGUAGACUUUAAUAAAGUGAUGAUUUCACAUAAUAGAAAUCUGAUUUAUUUUCUAACAAGCCUUUAUACAAGCAUGAGUGCAGAUAAUUUGACUGAUUAUGUUUAGAAAACUGGUGUCUUUAUCAAAAAAAUACAGAAAACAACUCAUUAUUAAAGUCAAAAAUCAUUACAAACAAACACACAGGAGGACGUGGAGGUCAGCUCCAUCCAGAGCAUCCAUACUGGAUUAUGGUCCUCCACAGAGCCCAUACCGCAGUUUGCCGAACCCUCUGCACCCAACCCCCAUGGUGGACUGGGACACCCGGCCGCUGCCUUCUCUCCCUGCAUACGAUGAGGUAGCUUUAGAGUCUGAGGAGCAGGAGGACGUGGAGGUCAGCUCCAUAAACACUGCGAAGACUGACAAUCCAGACCAGCAGAAUUAUGACAGUGUUGAUGGAGAUUUAGAUCCCAAGUGCAAAGUGGAAGACAAUCUGUUCCUUCCAUCCAAACUCGCUGUGGAGAACCGAUCUACCUCGCAGUCAGCUGACAUCUUUAAGGAGUUACAGAGGGAGGUCAUGGCCAAGUUGCAUGUACCAGCGACGGCGCAAUCGAUGCCCUCGUCACCUCUCUUACCACACCGCAAAAUCAUCCUUCUUUAUUCUUUAGCCUGGCAACACAUAUUGACCACUUUUAUAACCUAAAGCACACUCCUGACAUUAAUGGAAAAGAAAUUACACCUGGUUAUCGAGUAACAUGAACUUUAAUCACAACUGUUAAAUUUCAUAUAAAGCAAAGCUGUGAUGCUUCUGUUGGCUCGUAUAGUAAUUAUAAAUCCUAAUGUGUGUGUGUGUGUGUGAGAGAGAGAGAGAGAGAGAGAGAGAGAGAGAGAGAGAGAGAGAGAGAAUGGACAUAC